GCCAAAUGUGCGUAUAUCAUCAUCAUCAUGGCUGUAUACUGGUGCACUGAAGUGAUCCCACUGGCUGUUACCUCGCUCAUACCUGUGGUAUUUUUCCCUCUGCUUGGAGUUCGGAGCUCUAAAUCAGUGUGCUUGCAGUACCUAAAUGACACAAACAUGCUUUUCAUUGGAGGGCUGAUUGUUGCAAUUUCUGUUGAACAGUGGAAUCUUCACAAAAGGAUUGCGCUGAGGGUCCUGCUGAUUCUUGGGGUGAAACCUGCACUCCUCAUGCUGGGAUUUAUGAUAGUCACUGCCUUCCUGUCCAUGUGGAUAAGUAACACAGCCACCACUGCUAUGAUGGUUCCCAUUGUCCAGGCUGUCCUGGAUCAAAUGGACAACACAGAGUAUGAUAUGACCAUGAUGGAACAAGCAACUGGGCAAACAAAUACAGUGAUUGAGCUGGAGGAAAAGAAUGCAUCAGAUCCCACUUCAGUGCAUGUCAUAAGCAAUGGACAAGUCCCUGAUGACCCCAGAUCUUCUGAGGAAAAGAAAACGAGGAAACGUAUAUGUAAGGGAAUGACACUUUGUGUAUGCUAUGCUGCCAGUAUUGGAGGAACUGCAACACUCACUGGAACAGGACCAAACAUCGUAUUGAAAGGCCAGAUGAAUCAGUUAUACCCCAACAAUAAUGAUAUUGUGAAUUUUGCUUCCUGGUUUGGGUUUGCAUUUCCAAACAUGAUUCUGAUGUUGGUACUAGCUUGGUUUUGGCUACAGUGCUCCUUCAUUGGACUCAACUUUAAAAAAAGCUGGGGCUGUGGGACAGAGAGAACUGCUAAAGAAAAAGCUGCAUACAAUGUGCUGAAGGCAGAAGUGAAGAAAUUAGGCCCUAUCUCGUACGCUGAAUUCAAUGUCCUCCUAAUGUUUGUUUUGCUGGUUGUCUUGUGGUUUUCCAGACACCCAGGCUUUGUAAAAGGCUGGGCCACCAGGCUUUUCCCAAGAGGAGAAAAGUAUAUCACUGAUUCUGCUCCUGCUGUGUUUGUUGCCCUGCUACUGUUUAUCCUUCCUGCUCAUAAACCCAAAUUCACAGGCUGGAAUGCAAGCACGUCGGACCCUGAACAGACUGAAGAAGAUAUAAAAAAGCCAUUUUUAUCAGCCCCGCUGCUCGACUGGAACGUGGUUCAGAGGAAGAUGCCCUGGAGCAUUGUGCUGCUGCUGGGAGGAGGUUUUGCUUUGGCUGAUGCAAGCGCAAACUCUGGGCUCUCAGCUUGGCUGGGUCAUCAAAUGAUUCCACUAGGAUCUAUCCCACCGUGGGCCAUUGCAACAGUACUUUCACUUAUUAUAGCUGUCUUCACCGAAUGCACCAGUAAUGUCGCCACAGCCACACUCUUCCUACCUGUCUUUUCAUCCAUGGCUGCAUCUGUCAAGAUCCAUCCUUUGUACGUUAUGCUGCCUUGUACUCUCAGUGCUUCCUUUGCCUUCAUGCUACCUGUUGCAACACCACCCAAUGCGAUAGUGUUUUCCUAUGGGCACAUACGUGUUCUGGAUAUGGUUAGAUCUGGAAUAGUGAUGAACAUCAUUGGAGUCUUCUGUGUCACACUGGCCAUCAACACAUGGGGAAGAUCUAUGUUUGAGCUGGACACAUUCCCAACCUGGGCAAACAGCACGGCUAACCAGUGAGCAGUGAAGAAUUCAUGUGUUAAAUAAGUAAAGGACCCUUAAUACUACUCCCUAUUGCCCGAAGCCCUAUACAGAGUCUCAUCACCACUUCAGAUCCAGUGUCAAGUGUUUGCUACCUUCUGGGAGUCACAAAUCAGUUCAGGCAUGAAACAACUCAAAUUUAUUCUAGUCUUGUGUCUG